AUGAAUAUUCGCAACGCGAGACCUGAUGAUCUCCUUAAUAUGCGGGAUUGCAAUUUAGAUUGCUUACCAGAAAAUUAUGUUAUGAAAUAUUACUUUUAUCACGGACUUUCAUGGCCUCAGCUUUCCUUCAUUGCCGAAGAAGCUGACGGAGAAAUUGUAGGCUAUGUAUUGGCUAAAAUGGAAGAGGAUCCAGAUGAUUUGCCCUAUGGUCAUAUUACGUCCCUUGCGGUGAAGCGUUCGUAUCGUCGUUUGGGACUGGCAAGAACUUUGAUGAACUUAGCUUCGCGUGCAAUGGUUGAGAAUUUCCAGGCUAGAUAUGUUUCUUUGCAUGUCCGCAAGAGCAACCGAGCUGCUCUUAAUUUGUACACCAGAAAUCUUGGAUUCCAAGCUUUUGAUAUUGAACCAAAGUACUAUGCCGAUGGUGAGGAUGCUUAUGCGAUGAAGAAGGAUUUGCGAUCCUUCUGGGAGAAGUAUGGCCCAGUUGAUGUUCCUUUCAAAGCCGUCAAGGAAAAGAACAAGUCGAGCCAGAGCUGA